AUGGUGCUGCCGCAGGUGAAAUCUCUGCACGAGUGCGUCGACUACGCAAAGGUGGUUGAGCCCUUCAUACCGCACUUCUACGAGCUGCCCUACAAGAUAUGGGCCAACAUUGACAGCCUCGAGGGCCUGAGGUCGGUCUAUGUCACGACAAACCCGUUGAUUUCUGGGUUUGCCAUUGCCCUUGUCUUUGGGUUUCUUACUUUGAUCGCGUCCGAGAUCAACCGCAACUACUCUCAGGUCGACCGAUUGUGGAGCAUCUUGCCUAACCUCUUUGUUGUCCACAUCACGGUAUGGGCUCGUCUGGCUGGACUGCCGCAUGAUCGAGUGGACUUGAUUGCCGUGUAUACCACGAUCUGGAGUAUUCGACUGACGUACAACUACUGGAGGCGCGGCGGCUACAGCAUUGGCUCAGAAGACUACAGAUGGAUGAUUGUCAAGGCGAAGCUCAACUCAAUCGUUUGGUUCAUCUUCAACGUUACCUUCAUCUCAUUUUUCCAGUGCAUUCUCCUUUAUCUCUUCUCUUGCGUACCAGCGUACGUCAUCUUGCUUUCAUCCCAGUUGGAACCUGGGGUUCAACUAGUUGAUCUGGUCUUUUUCGGCGCCGAGAUUCUUCUGGUUUUGAGCGAAUGGAUAAGCGAUGGCCAGCAAUGGGCAUACCAAACCGCCAAAUACAAGUAUAAGGAUACUGGAGAGCUCACCCGAGGAUAUACGCCAGCUGAGCUAGAACGGGGCUUCGUCGCGAAAGGCCUCUGGGCGUACAGCCGACACCCCAAUUUCUUUGCUGAGCAAUCUAUUUGGUUUAUCCUCUACUCAUGGAGCUGUUUUGCCGCCAACACUCCGUACAGCUGGGCCGGCACCGGUGCUGUUCUCCUUGUUUUGCUCUUCCAAGGCUCCACCAAUCUCACUGAGAAAAUCACCGCCGGAAAAUACCCAGAGUACGAGGCAUACCAGAAGCACGUUGGCAUGUUCAUUCCCAAGACGCUUGCCCCUUACAGGACCCCUACUACAAGAGUCCUCAGGUCGAGCGAUCUGGUCAAGCGUGCAGAGCAGAAGCAAGCAGAGAAGCAAAAGACC